CGGGCUCGGAACCGGCCUCACCGGUCCCACGCAGCACGGACUCAACAUCCAGUGCUGCCGUCGGCCUCUUGGCCGAAUUCCAAACCUGAGCCCUGUUCUGGAGCUGCGCCAGGCGGAGCAGGAAGCAUUUCCCUCCAGGAGCAGCCAGCAUGCCAGUGUCAAGAAUGCGCAUGAGGCCCUGGCUGGAAUUGCAGAUUGAUUCCAAUCAAAUACCAGGACUGAUAUGGAUUAACAAGGAUAAGAGGAUAUUUCAAAUCCCAUGGAAACAUGCAGCUAAGCAUGGCUGGGACAUGGAGAAGGAUGCCUGCCUUUUCAGGAGUUGGGCCAUUCAUACAGGAAGGUAUAAAGAAGGUGAGAAAAAUCCUGAUCCAAAAACCUGGAAGGCAAAUUUCCGCUGUGCCAUGAAUUCCCUGCCUGACAUCGAAGAAAUGAAGGAUAAAAGCAUCAACAGGGGCUCCAGUGCUGUCAGGGUUUACAGGAUGCUGCCACCCUUGACAAAGCAUCAGAAGAAAGAGAGGAAGUCGAAGUCUUCAAGAGAAGUAAGAAACAAGAGCAAGAGAAAGUGUUAUGAAGAGACAAUGCUGAAAGAGUCAGCAGAAACCUUAACCAGCACUCCUUUGCCAGAUGACCACAGUGGCUACACCAUUCACAGUUAUGCAGGGCAGGAAGUGGAGGUGGAGAACACAGCCAUCACCUUAGACCUGUCCUCCUGCGAGGUGAGCGGCUCCCUGACCGACUGGAGGCCAGCAAUGGAGGUCACCAUGGCUGACAGCACCAAUGACCUCUACCAGCUCCAGGUGUCUCCCCUGGCUUCGUCCUCCGAAGUCACAGAUGAAGAUGAAGAGGAAAUAAAUCCAGAUAUUUUUAAGCUGCUUGGACCAGCCCAAGACUGGCACAACACCAGCAUUGGGGGGAAAGGCUUUCUCACCAAUGAGUCGGGCACCCAGACCCAGUGCAGCACCUACGGGUACAAGGAGCAGGACGGGGAUAUUGACACCACAUCAGGAGAGAUGGAUUUUAGGUUCUUUGACCAGAAAAGCAGCCUAGACUUCUCCUGGCUGGAUACAGUGAGGCCAACCAUGCAAGUCAUUCCCUGUGGAUUGUAAACCCUUGGCUUCCUCCAACCACAAACUGCUCUUGGAUAGAAACUUCAACAAGCUUGAAGAGAAUGGAAGAAAUUUUUUGUUACUGACUGAAGGAAGAAAGUAGCUUUUCUAUUCCGUUUCAGUUGUAGGCCUGGAAAUGUUAGCAUGAAGAACACCAUAAUCAAUGUUAAAGAGGAACCCCAUCUUGCUGUCAGGACUCCAGCAUUGAAGGUGCUCAGCUGCAGUUCCCUCCUCAUUGCUCUGGAGGUGAAGCUUUUGCUGGAGGCUGUCAGUGUGCCAUGGAGUCUGACCUGGUGGGGUACCACAAGCCUGGGGAGCAGGUUACCAUCCUCCCUGUGUGUGGUGUGACGAGCACUUUACCCACGGAGUGCUUAGAGGAGACACUGCAGAUAAGUCUCUGACCUGUUAGUUUUGAUUGCUGCUUGCCUGUGCAACACUGGUGACAUUGAGCUUAAAAACUGUCAUUACACUUUCACACAAAAAUUGUGCUAAUGGGCCAUCUCUUCUUCAAUUUACUCCUUCAUAUAGUUCAUCUUUCAGACCUUUCAAACUCUGUAAACAGACCAUUAAAAUGUGGAAAUUCA